UCAAGGCAUUUCACAUGCAUAGUACCUCACCAAAUAUACUUCCAUUUCCCUUGUUAACUUUCAUUGCACCUCUUAUUCUUGUUCACAUUUUGCUAGUAUUCACUUGCAAAUAAAUCCUAAUUCACAAAUCAUAUCUCAAAGAUGUCAAUGUCGAUGCAAAUGCAAUCCGGCCUCCUUGUUAACCCCGUUGGGGCUUUAUCUAAUGGUUCGAGGAUGACCUACAUGGUGUCUCCCUUAGGGUUUAAUCCUCGAAUGACCAAACGUGUCAAUUUCGAGGUGAAGUGCAUGGCUGGGGAUGAGCCGAAACCCAAACCUCAACCAAAGGUAAGCACAAGCUUCGGAGACUUGUUCGCCUUCAGCGGUCCAGCACCAGAGAGGAUCAACGGACGCCUCGCUAUGAUCGGCUUCGUCGCGGCAGUAGCCGUAGAGUUAUCCAAGGGAACAGACCUAUUUUCGCAGAUAUCCAACGGCGGAGCAGAGUAUUUCAUAGGAACUAGCAUCCUUCUUUCAGUAGCAUCACUAGUGCCAUUGUUCCAAGGACAACGAGCAGAAGCAAAAACAGAUGGCCUAAUGAACGCCAACGCUGAGCUGUGGAAUGGUAGAAUUGCUAUGUUGGGCCUCGUUGCAUUGGCUUUCACUGAAUUCGUCAAAGGUGGAGCGCUUGUUUAAGCUUGUGUUACUUCAACCCCUUCAUAUAUCUCAAGAAUCUUGUAUCGUGUUGACAUGACCGGUAGCUUGAAUAUUUUAUGUCAAACUAAAAACUUUACUUUUUUCUACAAAAUAGUAUAGUCGGACACUUGAAUGCUUAUAGUUACACUUGAUUCGUGUCAGAGUAACAUUGUUUUAAGCAACAUACAUCGAAUUAACUUUUUGAGGUGUUUGUAUGAUUAUCUUUUGUAGAAAAAAAUUUUAUAGGAUAAUGUUACAAGUUAAAGUGAAAGUAGAAAGUAGUGAUUAGUUCACUAUACAAUGUAAAAUAUUCAUGUGGCAUUUGUUGAUCAAGGAAUUCUAAUGUUUGUAUACUAAAGAAGCUUUUUAUAGUGAAUGAAAUCUUAUCGGAACGGUUCUUCGUUCA